AUGGACUCGCGGCCACGGAGGAGUCGUCUAGUGGCAGGCUGUCAACGAUGCCGUGGCGAUGUGCAUGCAGAGAUCUGUCGGCACUGUCAACGUGUCGGCGUCGGGUGCAACCGAUCAUCGGUCCGGUUUCGCGAGGGGCUGGCAUUGCCAAGUAUUGCCUUUCCAGAGGAACCGAGUUGGCCCCGAAUUAAUGGAAAAGGUACUUUGUAUUCAUGGAAUAUCAGUCGAAACAUAAACAAUUGCAAUGCUCACUCUCCGACAGUUCGCUUUCAUGAUGAAACAUCUGAGAUCACAAGCCUAUACGUAGAAAUCUCAGAGGACCCCGAGUCUCAAUGGGCUCACGAAAAAGAUGAUUAUUCUCACGGAAACCCGCAUCAUGAGACAGUCAUUGAUACACCUAAAGAACCUCAAAUUGGUCUUCAGCAUGUCGUCAACCUUCGAUCGCCCUCAGUGCCCAAUACCGCGGCAGAAAACCCCUCUCCUGCAAGUCUAUCAAUUAUCUCGUCAUCCUCAUCUCGAACUAGAUCCAGCUAUACCACCCUUCAUACAUUCACCGAACGAGAAGCCAUUUUGAUCCGGAAUUUUGUUGAGAACAUGGCUCUUUGGGCCGAUAUCACCGAUCCAAAGCGUCAUUUUGAAACAGAAGUGCCUGCAAGGGCACUCAAAGAUUCAGUUCUUCGCCUUGCGGUCUUGGCUUUCUCUUCGCGGCAUUUAAAUCGAAAAAAUACGGAAGAUGCAACGGAAGCACUGCAAUACCAUAACGACUGCGUAAAGCUACUGAUCCCUGCAAUGUCCGACCCAGAACAACAUAUUACUGAGGAUAUUCUGGCCUCGGUGGCAAUCUUGCGACAACACGAGGAAAUGGACGGGGAGGAUAAUCAAUUCCAUCUAACUGGCACCACUCGCAUUCUCAAUACCGUCUCAAUAUUUGGGUCAUCCGGUGGCCUGGGCGAGGCUGCGGCUUGGUUAUGCCUGCGUCAGGAUAUUUAUGUGGCCCUAACGACUCAGCAACCACUGCGAACUGACUUACAAAACUUCCUGGAGUCCGAUGUUUUUGACAGAGAUGAUGACUUUGCGUGGUCUAGUAGGAUGGUCUUCCUACUGGCAAAGGCUCUGCAGGAUGUCUUUGCAAAGAAUUCGAGUUCAAAAUCCAUUGACGAGGAGGUUCAAGAAUGGUAUGCGAACAAGCCACAUACCUUUGAGCCAAUCCGGGUAGUUCCACGCGGAUCGGAAAUAGAAAAUCGAUUCCCGGCUAUUUGGAUGUUGUUGCCUGUGCAUGUUGUUGGCUUGCAAUACUAUCAUAUGACCAAGAUUGUUCUGGCACUUUCUCAAAGUUCCAACGCAUCUUCUACAUAUGAGACACUUCGACAAUCCCGAUUAAUUGAGAAAAAUAUUCAACAUCAUUUACUUCAUGUUUUGGGCCUUGCAAAAUCUAAUUCUAAAGCUGAAAACACGCUGUUCACCGCACGUCACAGUCUGGUAGCAUGGGGCUGGGCUCUAAGGAGUCGUGGAGAUCAAAAGGCAGCAGAAUCCCUAUUACGAGACAUGCAUGAAAGGACAGGAUGGAACAUGGAUUUAUUAAUUAUGUCGCUGCGGCAGCAAUGGCGCGAUGAAAAUGAACAUUGA